AUGGAAGAUUGUGAUCUUGCCCAAUACCGCGAUAUGAUCAUCGAGGGCGAACUGCCGCUGGACCUGCGACCGCCGCCGCGGCUGUACCUGCCGCACUACCUGCGCGACGACCGCGACCCCGACUACCCGCAGGACGACACCUACGUCUCCGUGGACGAGGACACGCCGGAGGCGCCGCCGGCCUCCAGCGACUCGGAGCGGUACGACGCCUCCAGCCCCACAGAGUCUAAACCAUCCACGCCGAAAAAGCCCAAGCAGAAGUCCUCAUCACAACUCAUCAAGCCGCCUUACUCCUACAUCGCGCUCAUCACCAUGGCGAUCCUCCAGUCGCCGCACAAGAAACUAACGCUAAGUGGGAUCUGUGAGUUCAUCAUGACGAGGUUUCCCUACUACAGAGAAAAGUUUCCCGCCUGGCAGAACUCCAUUAGGCACAAUUUGAGUCUGAAUGAUUGUUUUAUAAAAAUCCCGAGGGAGCCUGGGAAUCCUGGGAAGGGGAAUUAUUGGACGCUGGAUCCUCUAGCGGAAGAUAUGUUUGAUAAUGGGAGUUUCCUGAGGCGGAGGAAGCGGUACAAGCGGCCGGCUCCGUCGCUGCAGCACGCGCACGCGGUGGUGGCGAUGCUGGCGCGCGAGGCGUACGCGCCGCUGCUGCCGCUGCCGUGCUACCUGCCGCCGACGCCGCUGCUGUCGCUGCCGCGGCCGCCGCCGGCCACGCUGCGGCCCGUGCCGCUGCCGCCGCGCGUCGCCGACACCACGGAACCACGAAGUAAGAGGUCCCGAAACGGAUUCUCCAUUGAAUCCAUUAUCGGCUCCCAGGACAGUUCAAUGAACUCGGAGCCGAGGCGGAGCGCGUUCUCGCCGCUACACCAGACCAAUUGUCCGCCGGACGACUGGGCCAGAUGAAUGUACCUAAACGGGUACGGUUCCAGUCCAUCCCCGUUUUAAUUCGUCCCGUCGGACACGUGAUCCUCGCCGAUUGACUGAUGUGUUUCCGAUAAGAUUGAGGUGUUCGUAAAGUGAUAUACGCUAAACAAUUGUAUAAAAUUAGGUAAAUUACUUGGAACGAUACAAAUGAUUAAUUUUUAAUUUGGCAAUUUGCCG